UCACUCUACGGAUAUUUUUCAGACAGAGUUCUCUUUGCAGCUCACCUGGUACUAGCUACUUGAGCCGCAGGAAUAUAAAACAUUAAUUAGUUUUAUUGCAUUUUUCUUUUCUUUUUCUUUUCUUGUUUUUUUUGUUUGCUUUCCUGAAACCAGGGACUUUUAAAUGUGUUUAAAUUGGCUCAACUUUGGAUAUUAACAAAGAUUACCACAAUAAAGGAUUAAAAUGGGCUGCUUCACAUUCGUCAAAUUGAUGAUGGUCUUGUUCAACUUGCUUAUCUUUUUGGGCGGCUUGACCUUGCUGGCCAUGGGGAUCUGGGUGAGUUUGGAUGGGGGCUCCUUCCUCCAGCUGCUGGGACCUUUCUCCAUCCAAGGCAUGCAGUUCGUCAACGUUGGCUUUUUCUGCAUCGCCAUCGGUGCCGUGCUGGUCCUCAUGGGAUUCCUGGGCUUUUGUGGGGCCCACAAGGACAGCAAGUGUCUGCUUCUUACGUUCUUCUCCAUCAUCCUCAUCAUAUUCAUCGCUGAAGUGGCAGCUGGAGUCGUGGCGUUGGCCUACUCUUCAUUUGCUGAGGGGAUCAUCAGAGCGUGGGCAACUCCUGCUUUACAGAAAGACUACGGCAGCGAUCCUGUGGUCACAAAGAUCUGGAACACCACCAUGACAGAGCUGAAGUGCUGCGGUUUCAACAACUACACAGACUUUGUGGGCUCUAAGUUCGAAGAGGAGAACGGAGGCAGUCUUCCACCCACCUGCUGUUUGACAUACAGCGCCCCCUGCAGCGGCAUCGAGGCUGAGCCCAGUGAUGUGCAGGGCUGUUUCAAACACAUCUUGGAGAUCCUCAAAGAGCACGCCAACAUUGUGGGAGGCAUCGCAGCAGGAAUGGGAGUAUUAGAGAUUGCUGCCAUGAUAGUGUCCAUGUACCUGUACUGUCACCUCGACAACAGAAUCAGCUGAGACUCCUUCUCAACAGGAACAGCAGAGGGAUCACAUGAUCACAUUCUUCUGCAUUAUUUAAUAAUAUAUGAAUUAGGAUGGGCUCUUUGUUCUGGUCCUUUUCAGAAAAAGUUUAAUAUGAUGAAAAGAAUCGAGCAACUUUAUUUAACAUAGAAAGAAGAGUUUUAUAAGCUACUACAGAGGGGAGAUAUUUAGUUCUGCAAAUAAAAUAUAUCAAACAGCAUUGAUGAUGGUUGAUGUUACCAGUUGUUCAUGGUACAUCUAUUUUUAUUGGUUUUGGGCCUAUUUAACCUUUAAAAACAUUGUUAAUGGGACCACAAUUAUUUGAGCUUUAUGAGCUAUACAAGCAAUUGUUGGAAUAACUAUGCAUAUUGUAAAAAAAUGUGUUUGUAGUUUGGAAGUCUGCAGCUCUAUGGAGCUUUUUAGGCUUUUUUUAGAUGCUAGUUUUGGUCCCGUCUGGUUCUCAUGUUUCUAGAAACAUCAGGCAGCUCUGAUAAACCCAAUGAGCUCUACAUGCACCAGAACAGCAGUCAAACAAGACAAAAACAUCCUGAAAGAAACACAAAACUCCCCGAAAAAAAGGAAUUACUUUAAUCCCCAAAAUAAAUUAAAUGUUUUCACCUUGUUGUCACACACACACACACACACACACACACACACACACACACACACACACACACACACACACACACACACACACACACACACACACACACACACACACACACACACACACACACACACACACACACACACACACACACACACACACACACACACACACAGAUGCGUGAUGAGGCUGUUCAGGCAGCCCUUAAGCAGUUAAGGGUUAAGUGCCACGUCAUUUCUACAUUUCCUACGCAAGGUUUUCUUAGACUAAGCUACUACCACCAAAAAAGACUACAAAGAUAAGCAGGACGAAGACAAAGAUUUGUUAAAUAACCACAAAGCAACAUCAAAGCACAAACAACAGAGAAACACAUGAAAGAGAUAUAAAGCAGCCACAAAGACCAAAACGACCAUAAAGGGAUGGCAAAGUACACCACAACAAAUAUGUGCUCUAAUGUAAUAUCUAUGCCCAGGGUCUCAUUGUUUCAAAAUGCUUUUAUGAUUGAGAUGUCCAAGACCGCAAUUUAUCCUUGUUUUUCAAUAAGAACAUGGCAGUACCGCUAUGCUUUUCUCAAUAAAGUGCUUUGUUUAA